GGCGUGCCUUCGUCAUCGCUCAGCUGCGGCAACCGAUCAACCACGAGGCCAAGCAGCCGGCAGCUACCCAUCUCCGGCCAACACCCAAAGCGACGCAACACCGUCCCCCCGACAGCGAUCAAACCCGGCAAAGCACAGCAUCAAAAACACACGCAUAGGUGCAAAGCCUUGUUCUACAUAUUCAGAAGCCGACCAUCAGACAAAACCGCCUGCCACCCACCACCCGAAACAAACCGUCUCAGGCCUUGCGUCAACCACCCCCGCGCCCCGCCCACAAUGCGCCGCGUUUUCGGCUCCGCCCCGACCGCCCCAAAAGCCACCCUCGACGACUCGGUCACGGCGCUCGAGUCCCGCCGCUCCAAGAUCGAGGUGUCCAUCAAGGCCAAGGAGAAUGAGAUUGCCGAACUGAACCGCCGGCGGGCGGCGACGCGGUCUGCCGUGGCACAAAACGCCCUCAAGACCAAGGCCCUGCGGAUACUGAGGCGCAUGAAGGAGGACGAGGCCCAGAUGAACAAUGUGCAGUCGCAGAUCGACAACCUGCAAAAGAUGCAAGACAUGCAGGGCACGCUCAAGAACAGCGCCGUCAUGGUCGACACCAUGCGCCAGACGCAAAAGGAGCUCAAGAAGCAGUACGGAAAGUUCGACAUCGACAAGAUCGAAAAGAUGCAGGACGAGAUGGCCGACCUGCUCGACAUGAGCAACGAGAUCCAGGAGAGUCUUAGCAGAGGCUACGACGUCGGCGAGGAUAUUGAUGAGGCCGACCUGGAAGCCGAGCUGGACGCCAUCGGGGAGGAGGUCGAGUUCGAAAGGGAGAUGGGCGUCGGUGGUGCCGUACCCUCGUUUCUGGAGGAUGAGGUCCCUGACUUUAUUGACGAGCCUCCUGUGGUUGAGAAGAAGGUCCAGGAAGCUGCGAGGUAGUAGUGGCUGCCGGCUGUUAGCUGAGAGUGGUGAACUCGAUUGGUUCGCCGCCGUAUCAGGUAGAGAUGGAUGUGGUUGAAGGGAAGAAACUACCAGGUAGGUACUAGGUACCUACCUACCUACCCACAAGUACUCUUAUUCCCUGGGCGUCAGGAGUUUGGUUAUUAUUGGGGUCUGGCUUAUUUAUAUGGCAAAGGAGACAAAGGUGUAUCACAGCUUGAUACCAAAGUUAAAUAAGUUCAAUGAUGCUAUUAUAGAAGGUUUUUUCUGAGUGUCUUUUCAGUACAGAUUUUUAUUACAAAUACAGUUUCGGAAUCAAUAUCCCUUUCCUUCCAACCUCUCAAAAGCCAGUCCGCCAUGCCAUGCAAGCACAAAACAAAACUCUUCGAAAUAAAAUAAAAAAAUCAUCAUUAAUCGUCCGAG